UCAGAAACUCUCCAACUUAAUGGCUACUUAAUGAAUAUGACUUUGCGUUUGGAACUACUAGAUAUAAAAGAUGUUGCUUUCGUUUCAAGAUAUGGAAAUUCUACUUAAUGAGGUACUAUCGGGAAAAGAACAUCAUGUUUAUCAGUUCAAAAUGGAUUUUUGUAGCUGAUUAUGGUAUUUGUGGUUUCAGCUCUCAAUCUUGAUUGAUGUAAGAGAAUGUUUGCUCAAUCUUGAUUAAUGUAAAAAGAUUGUUUUUGUUUAGCUCAUCAGUUCACGUGGAGAUGUUUUAUAUGCGUUCUUUUUUCUGUCAAUGAAAGUGCAAUCAAUCAUCGAUCGGUUCUAUAUGCAAACUUUAACAAAACAUGAAUUCCUGAUAACAAGUUAGAAUCCAAAAUUAAGUUGUGGACACUUUGUGUCAACGACAACGUAAUUUACUGACAUUUCUCAUAAUUUUUCAAUUUUUAUUUCCAUUUCAGUUUUCCAGCAGCAAUCGCAGAAAUGCUAGUCGAGAGCACGGCAGAAGACCUGCACUUACUCCCCGCCCUUCCUCAGGAUAAGUGGGCUGAUGGUUGUGUAAAGGACUGAAGGAACGAGGCAAGCCGACAAUUACAAUAUAUGCUGGAAGGAAGGCGAUCUUCGCGAAGCUGGGCUUUGGUCUAACGAACAGAAUUUCAGAAUUCUUUUAAAGGAUUACAUUAUAGAGGAACUGUAGUGAAAUCAAAUCUAUCACCUGAUAGAGUCUACUAGACAUUCAAUAGAAAGUUUGAGAUGCAUUAAGACAUGCCCUCUCCCAUCAGCAGCUUCUUGUCGAAUGUUGAGAUUAGACCAAAUUAGCCCUCAUUCACCGUCUUAGUCACGUGCAAAGUUUUCCCGCCUAAAACAAGAAGUCGUUAUAAAUCCUGUAACUUACCGAAGCCAAAUCCCACAACCUCUUAUAACUAACUAGCAGACAGAGAGUGAGAGAGAGAUCUCAAAGAAAGCCCAAACGUCUUCUUCUUCUUCUUCUUCUUUUUCUCUAAUCUCCUGUACCCUCUACACAAAAAAAAACAAAAAAAAAAAACAAAAAGUCUCUCUCUAGUCUCUUUAUCCGUGAGAAAAAUGCAGCAGAGGCCAAUAAACAGCUUAUGUAGAGCACUUGUUCAGGAUCAGGAUUACAUAAUCGAGGUAGAAAAGCACAUUCGAGAAAUGAAAUAUGCACCAAGAAGGAUGGAAAAGAGAUCUGGCUAUUUUCGCCGUCUUCGCAUUCCCAAUAUGAUGAGUGACAAAUGGAUUCAUGCUAUUCCCAUGGUUGUGUUGCUGUGCCUCUUCACACUCUGGUGGUUUUCUUAUCCAGUGAACUUGGAGAUCAAGGAUGGCAGGAUUGUGGGUAUACAUCGUGCUGAUCAUGACACACCGCUGCCCCUCAACACUAGGCAUGUUGCACUUGCUGCAACAGCUACAUCCCCAAUUGCCCCAGUUCCUGAGGACCUCACACUCAGUAAUGAAAUUGAAGCACUUCCAGUGAGUAAUGAAUCAUUUGUGCUUUAUGAGAAUGAUGAAGAUUUUGUAAAAACUACAUACCGUGCUGAUCAUGAGAUGCCGCUGUCUCUCAAUACUGAUCAUGUUGCACUCACCACGACAUCAGCUACAUCCCCGAUUGCACCUGUUCCUCAGGACCUUGCACUCGGUAAUGAAACAGAAGAAAAUCCAGUGAGUAAUGAAUCACUUAAGCUUUAUGGGAACGAUGAGGCUUUUUACAAAGCUGAUCAUGCUGAUCAUGGUACGCUGCUGCUUCUCAAUACUAACCAUGUUGCACUCAGCACCUUAGCAUCAGUAACAUCCCCGGUUGCACCAGUUCCCCAAGGACCUCACACUCAAAGAUCAGACCGAGGCACAUUCAAUGAGUAAUGAAUCAUUUUCGGACUAAUGAGAAUGAUGAAGCUUUUGGAAGAGGCAAACUAUCAGCCGACAUGAAUUGCAGUUGAGAUCAGAGGUGCCGUAUGGCUACAUGGCUCUUCUGUGUUAGCACGGUACUCCCAAGUGUCACUUUCAGAAGAUAGUAGAAAACAAGUGUUUCGGUACAUUUAAACAAAAAACUGAGGUUUUUAACCAUGAGCUUGUACUGAUUUUACCUUGUAUGAAUAGAACAACAAAUGGCUCAUUGUAGGUGAUUAGUUUUGAGGAUUGCAAAAUCUGAUUUUGUGAGUUUUCUGGUACAUUCUAAGCCUGUAAGGUAAUUAAAAUAGUCCCAUGAGGUUUAUUUCUAUUGA